CUCUGAUAGGAGACCUAUUAGUGUACAGGAUGGCACCGUUCUUGCUGGUAGUCCACGAAGAAGGAGAAGCAAGAGCGGAGAAGGCGGUCGAAGGCUGGAGCGUGACGAAGCGGACAGUAGUUGGCCACGCGUUGCCGGACUUGCCUCUACGAGAGCAGAAAGCCGUGUCGCUCCGGAGAAAGAUGUGUCGCACGAUAGAUAUGUUCAGGUGCAAGCGAGAAGCACACAAGCGGCGGGUAACCUUGGCACGGGGAGCAAGUCUGGUGUGUCCGUGAUUCCUUUAUGCGGCACUUCGAGGCGAAGUUCAGCGCGGCGAAAAUCUGGUGGGUCGGCGGGCGCGCGGCGUCGCUCCAGCAGCCACCAUCAGCACCCCCAUCACACAAAGCGGCGGUCGCUGUUUCAGCACGUGCCCUGUUCCGCGCCAGAUUUUGCUAAGGAGAUUGACAUCGUGUGCAACGGUGUCGGAGAACACUUUGACGAUCCAGC